AUGAGAGAAGUUAUUAGUAUAAAUGUCGGUCAAGCUGGUUGUCAAAUCGGUAAUGCCUGUUGGGAAUUGUAUUCCCUUGAACACGGUAUCAGACCAGACGGUUAUUUACAAGAAGGUUUAACCAGACCAAAAGGUGGUGAAGAAGGUUUUUCCACAUUCUUUUAUGAAACUGGUGCAGGGAAAUAUGUUCCUCGUGCUGUCUAUGUUGAUUUAGAACCAAAUGUUAUUGAUGAAGUUCGUACUGGGGCUUAUAAAGAUUUUUUCCAUCCAGAACAAUUAAUCAGUGGUAAGGAAGAUGCAGCAAAUAAUUAUGCUCGUGGUCACUAUACUGUCGGGAGAGAAUUGUUAGAUGAUAUUAUGGAUAGAAUCAGAAAAAUUUCAGAUCAAUGUGAUGGUUUACAAGGGUUCCUAUUCUCUCACUCAUUGGGUGGGGGGACCGGUUCUGGUCUAGGUUCCUUGUUACUAGAACAACUAUCUGCAGAUUAUGGUAAGAAAUCAAAGUUGGAAUUUGCCGUAUACCCUGCUCCACAAGUGGCAACUUCAGUGGUAGAACCUUAUAACACUGUAUUGACAACACAUACUACCCUAGAACACGCCGAUUGUACAUUUAUGGUUGAUAACGAAGCCAUCUACGAUAUGUGUAAGAAAAACCUCGGUAUUGCUAGACCAAGUUUCUCCAAUUUGAACAAUCUAAUCGCUCAAGUAGUAUCAUCAGUGACUGCAUCUUUGAGAUUCGAUGGUUCUCUAAAUGUGGAUUUGAAUGAAUUCCAAACCAACUUGGUGCCAUACCCAAGAAUUCAUUUCCCAUUAGUUUCCUAUGCUCCAAUCUUGUCUAAGAGUAAAGCUAGUCAUGAAUCUAAUUCAGUUUCUGAAAUUACAAAUGCUUGUUUCGAACCUGGUAACCAAAUGGUGAAGUGUGAUCCAACUACAGGUAAAUACAUGGCUACAUGUUUACUAUAUAGAGGUGAUGUCGUUACAAGAGAUGUGCAAGCCGCUGUGACACAAGUAAAAAAUAAGAAAACUGUUCAAAUGGUCGAUUGGUGUCCAACUGGUUUCAAGAUUGGUAUUUGUUAUGAACCACCAACUGCUACUCCAGAAUCACAAUUAGCUUCUGUUGAUAGAGCUGUUUGUAUGCUAUCCAAUACAACUGCCAUUGCUGAAGCAUGGAAGAGAAUAGAUAAGAAAUUCGAUUUAAUGUAUGCCAAACGUGCAUUUGUACAUUGGUAUGUCGGUGAAGGUAUGGAGGAAGGUGAAUUUACAGAAGCCAGAGAAGAUCUCGCUGCAUUAGAAAGAGAUUACAUUGAAGUUGGUGCUGACUCAUAUGCCGACGAAGAAUUUUAA